ACACACUUCCAAGGCAGACGGAGGAAAAGAGAGCUUCAAGUCCUUAGUGGGACAAACCUGCUCCUGGUGAGACCCCUGCUAGGCUCAUUCAAAUGGCUGCAGCUUUCUUUGCCACCAUGCCAACAACCAACCAGGGCUGGCCUGAGGCGUUUGGAUUCAAGAUAAGCGGAAAUGGUCCUUGCUACAUCCUUUCUGUAGAAGAGGGCAGCAGCGCUCACAUGGCCGGUCUCCAGCCGGGGGACCAGGUCCUGGAGAUAGAGGGCCAGCCUGUCUCCUCCCUGAGCUGCGAGGCGCUCAUCAGCCUGGCGAGGCAGUGCAGCAGCGUGCCCCCCAGCAUCGGUGUGGUCUCCCGGGUGCAGCAGGUGGACAUUAAACCUGGCCCCCAGGGAUGCUUCGGCUUCACUCUGGUGAGCAGCAGCAGCAGCCCCCUGCAAGUGGAAAGCGUCAUCCCAGACUCACCUGCUGCCAUAUGUGGGAUCAAGCCGGGGGAUUACGUGCUAGAGAUCAACGGGAUCCCAGUGAAGCUCUAUGAAGCAGCAGCUACCAUGAUCCAGUCCUGCCAAGGGAGGUGUCUGAGGCUGGGGCUGCUGAGGCUUGGGCGCCUGCUGAGAUGGGCCAGCAGCAGCGUGCAGGAAUUUGUCCAGAGUGCUGAAGCUAUCCACCAGGAGAGGAAACAGAAAGCACAGGAAUUUAGCAAGAAGGUGGAUGAAAUCCUUGGUGAUCAGCCAGAGGUAAAGGAGAAGGUUUUCACCAUCCUGAAGCAAUAUGCAGCAGAGAGGAAGGUAGAAUACUUGGCUUAUGCCCUCUGCAUGGUUCUCACCCAAGAGUCCCACCAGCUUCUUAUUGACAAUAUCAGGAUUUUCAUCCCCAAGAAGCACCGGCAGCGGUUUGACGAGGUCGUGUCGCAGAGCCUGAUCAGCAAACUGUGCCGCUCCAAGAGCGAGCAGCACAGCAACCGGCUGCGGCGCAGCCGUAGCGAGGACCACCAGGAGCGGCUCCUCGUGUCCACUCGGGCCAGCUCCGUGCCCCGCAGCCAUGAGGAGGCCAGCAAGAGCCUGAGGAAGACCACUUCACUGAUCACCAGCAAUGUGGCCUCAGGGGCUGCCCGCAGAACUGUGCGAGUUUAUAAAGGCAACAAAAGCUUUGGCUUCACAUUACGUGGACAUGCCCCAGUGUGGAUUGAGUCCAUUCUGCCAGGAAGCCCAGCUGAGAAGGCUGCUCUCAAAGCCGGAGAUCGAAUCUUGUUUCUCAAUGGUCUGGACAUGAGGAACUGCUCCCAUGACAAGGUGGUGUCGAUGCUGCAGGGCAGUGGGGCAAUGCCCACCUUGGUGGUGGAAGAAGGGAUUGUCAACUUCUCAAAUGACUCUGACUCUGCUGACUCCCCGAACACCUCCUCCGCUCUCACCUCCCUGCAAUGGGUUGCAGAGAUACUUCCCUCUAGCAUCAAGAUUCAAGGAAGGACCUUCAACCAGCAGCUGGAACAUCUGCUCACACCACCUGAGCGCUAUACCAUCUGCAAAGCACUGGAAGGCUUCUUUCAACAUCGGAAUAUUGACACUCUUAUUGUGGAUGUGUACCCGGUGCUGGACACACCAGCCAAGCAAGUCAUUUGGCAGUUUAUCUACCAGCUGCUGACGUAUGAAGAGCAGGAGCACUGCCAGCAAAAGAUUGCCAGGUUUCUUGGUUACAACGCUGCUCCAGAGGUGGAGGUGACUGUGCAGGCUGAGCCAGAAGCAGAGGAACGCCAUCGCAGUUCUGUCCGAGCAGCUUCCUUGUGUCGGGGAAGCCUUCGAACCCCGCGCCCUGAGGAAGGGGGAGCAGCAGGCCAGAGUGACACUGUGGAGGUCCCGGUCCGGCUGAUCCCCGGAGAGAGACAAGCUGGUGAUGGCACAUCCCUCCCAGAAACUCCCAACCCAAAAAUGAUGUCAGCUGUAUAUGCAGAAUUAGAAAACCGCCUGAUUGGCAGCUUUGCUGGAAAGAUGAGUAAUGCUGCUAUGCACAGAGCAUCACCUCCUGCCCCAGACCAAGCACAUGCUGCAGGUACAUCAGGGAUGUCGAUCUCAUGGCACAGUGACCGUCGGCCCUCCCAGCAGUGCUACUACCACCUGCACAGCAGCAUCCCAUCCCCAAGCAGCACUGAGUCCAACCCGUACGUCAGCCUUGACAGCAGCCCAGCCCCGUCCCCCAAGCAUGGGGAUUACUCACUCAGCCCUCUGUCACGACGGAAGAAGCUCUUCACCUUCUCCAGGCCCCCACGCAGCCGGGACACAGAUCGGUUCCUGGAUGCCCUCAGUGAGCAGCUGGGUCACAGGGUCACCAUCGUGGAUGAUUUCCUCACCCCUGAAAAUGACUACGAGGAGAUGAGUUUCCAUGAUGACCAGGGCAGCUAUGUCACCAAUGAUGUCAGCAGCACCAGCGAGUAUAUCAGCAGCAGUGAUGAAGGGAGCUCCCUGACCUACUCCACCCUGUCAGACCAUAUCCCCCCACCGCCACUCAGCCCCCCUCCACCACCACCCCCUCUGCAGUUCCACGACCCCCAGCCAGUCCCUGUGAAAGCAGAAUCCAUGAAAACCAGCACAUCGCCUGCCCCUAAAUCCCUCAUGAGCCAUUUGCACCCCAUCCCACCCCCGCCACCUCCCCCGCCACCCCCACCAGUGCCCUGUGCACCCCCCCUACACCGGGGCCUGGUGCAUCGCAGAAGCGAGUCCAACCAUAUGAGUGUCAAGAGGCUGCGGUGGGAGCAGGUGGAGAACUCGGAAGGGACCAUCUGGGGACAGCUUGGAGAAGACUCGGAUUAUGACAAGCUGAGUGAUAUGGUCAAAUACCUUGACCUGGAGCUGCACUUUGGAACGCAGAAACCUACAAAACCAAAUCUCAUGCCUGAAUCCUUUAAAAAGAAAGACGUGGUUGAAAUUUUGUCCCACAAAAAGGCUUACAACACAUCCAUCCUGAUAGCCCACCUCAAGCUCUCUCAUGUUGAGCUGCACCAGAUCCUCAUGACAAUGGAGACUGACCGCCUGGAGCCUUCUCAUAUCAAGCAGCUCUUGCUAUAUGCCCCUGAUGGGGAAGAAGUCCAGCAGUAUCAGAACUACAAAGAUAACCCCAGCAAGCUGAGUGAGCCAGACCAGUUUGUGUUACAGAUGUUAUCAGUACCAGAAUAUAAGACCCGUCUGCGCAGUCUACAUUUUAAGAGCACUCUGCAGGAGAAGACAGAGGAGAUCAAGGCUAGCUAUGAGUGUAUCUGCAAGGCCUCUCUAGAGUUGAAAAGCAGCAAGAAGCUGGCUAAAAUCUUGGAGUUUGUGCUGGCGAUGGGAAACUAUCUGAACAAUGGGCAGCCUAAGACUAGCAAAACAACAGGCUUUAAAAUCAACUUUCUCACUGAGCUGAACACAACUAAGACUGUUGAUGGGAAAUCCACCUUCCUGCAUAUUCUUGCCAAAUCACUUAGCCAACAUUUCCCAGAACUUCUGGGCUUUGCCAAGGAUCUUCCUACAGUGCCGCUUGCCGCCAAAGUGAAUCAGAGAACAUUAACAGCAGACCUUAAUGACCUUCACACCACCGUCAGUGACAUACAGAUGGCCUGUCGCAACAUGCCAGCUACUGCAGAGGACAGAUUUGCAAUUGUCAUGACUUCCUUUCUGGAGAGUGCCCAACCUGCCAUGCGAUCUCUGGAUGAUCUGCAGCACAAAGCCAUGGAAGACUUCAGCAAGGUGUUGUCCUUUUUUGGGGAAGACUCUAAAGCGACAACUUCUGAAGCUUUCUUCGGCAUUUUUGCAGAAUUCAUGAGCAAGUUUGAGCGGGCACUCAGUGAUGUGCAGGUUGGUGAAUGCCAGCGCAGCCCCAGGAUGACCUCCCCCCUUGCCUGGUGA